AUGUGGUGCGGCGGGAGGAAGUGCGGCUUGUUUUCCCGGCUAGGUUCUGGAGCGGCGGGUGCGGCGCGAUGCGCGGGUACCCGGCAGCGGACGGCUGCGAGCCCCGAUGAAGCCGGAGCGGCCCCAGCCCGAUGGAGCCGCCUCCGUGGGAGCCGGUGCGCAACGACUCGCUGCCGCCCACGCUGAGCCCGGCCGUGCCGCCCUAUGUGAAGCUCGGCCUCACCGCGGUCUACACCGCCUUCUACGCGCUCCUCUUCGUGUUCAUCUAUGCGCAGCUCUGGCUGGUGCUGCGCUACCGCCACAAGCGGCUCAGCUACCAGAGCGUCUUCCUCUUCCUCUGCCUCUUCUGGGCCUCGCUGCGUACUGUGCUCUUCUCCUUUUACUUCCGAGACUUCGUGGCGGCCAACUCGUUCAGCCCUUUCGUCUUCUGGCUGCUCUACUGCUUCCCCGUGUGUCUGCAGUUCUUCACCCUCACGCUCAUGAACUUGUACUUUACGCAGGUGAUUUUCAAAGCCAAGUCAAAAUAUUCUCCAGAAUUACUCAAGUAUCGGUUACCCCUCUACCUGGCCUCACUUUUCAUCAGCCUUGUUUUCCUGCUGGUGAAUCUGACCUGUGCUGUGCUGGUGAAGACAGGAACCUGGGAAAGGAAGGUCAUCGUCUCUGUGAGAGUGGCUAUCAAUGACACACUCUUCGUGCUGUGUGCCAUCUCUCUCUCCAUCUGCCUCUACAAAAUCUCCAAGAUGUCCCUGGCUAACAUCUACCUGGAGUCAAAGGGUUCAUCGGUGUGUCAGGUGACUGCCAUUGGUGUCACCGUCAUCUUGCUCUACGCCUCUCGGGCCUGCUACAACCUGUUCAUCUUGUCAUUUUCUCAGAUCAAGAAUGUUCACUCCUUUGAUUAUGACUGGUACAAUGUUUCAGACCAGGCAGAUCUGAAGAGCCAGCUGGGCGAUGCGGGCUAUGUAGUGUUCGGCGUGGUGCUUUUUGUGUGGGAGCUCUUACCCACCACCUUGGUGGUGUACUUCUUCCGAGUCAGAAAUCCAACGAAGGACCUUACCAACCCUGGGAUGGUCCCCAGCCAUGGAUUCAGUCCCAGAUCUUAUUUCUUUGACAACCCUCGAAGAUACGACAGUGAUGAUGAUCUUGCCUGGAAUGUUGCUCCUCAGGGACUUCAGGGAAGUUUUGCUCCAGACUACUGUGAUUGGGGACAACAGAGCAACAGCUCCCUGGCACAAGCAGGAACUUUGCAACAAGACUCCACUCUGGAUCCAGACAAAGCCAGCCAAGGGUAGCACCAGGUGCCAGUCCUAUGGAAGAGUCCUCUGUUGAAAACCUUCAGCCAGACAGACUGGAUGACAGCUGAGUUUUUAGGGCGCCUUUCCUUAGGAAACAGGACUCAGUUUUUUGCUAUAGCUUUCUCAUGCCUAGAUCGGACUAAGCAAUAAUUUAGAGUGAUAAACCCUUACUUUAGUAUUAGCAGAGAGCAUGGCUAUUUCAGUGGGUGUAAUUUAAACUUAAAGAGAUUCUGUACUUUUAUAAAGAUGUAUUUUAUAUAAUUUAAAUACUAAUGCUAAAGUAUACUAGGUUUUUCCUUGAUUGUUAUUGUAUGUUGUAGUUUGCACAGAUUUUCAUGCAUAAUUCACUUUAAAACGUAUAGAAUACGUGGUCUAAUAGUUUAAAGCUUUUGGACAAAAGUGUCCUCAAUCCUUACCUCUGAAGGUCACUGAAGGUCACUGUGAGUGUGAGCUCCACAUUGGUAGACUCCUUUAUCUGCCACUCCAGUGUUGAAAGUUAAGAGGAAGCAGAGUGUCCCAGUCUGUGUCCACGGUAGUAGUUUCUCUGGAAUUUUGCCCCCAGUCUGGUGCUUCUUCAUCUGAGAGCACAACUGUAAGCACUCCAGUAACAAGUGGAUACUGUCAAGAUGUUGUCACCGACACUACUCAGCCUCCUUGGCUGUGUGUGUAGCCAUGUUGUACACUUUUCUUCAGCCCAGUGUAACUGAAUACUCACUACCUCAGUAGGAUGACAAGAUUGCCUUCCCUAACUCAGCCAGUGCUCGCUAUAGUUAAUGACAAGCCAAGAGGUUCCCACAGAGUGUUACCAAUAAAUAUUUCUGGCCCUCAAGCUAAAGGACUGUGGACUCGUGUCAGCUUCUCUGUAAAACAUGCCUGUUAUUUGUAGGAGACUGACAUGUGCUCACUGCCUGUUUUUUAAAUAGUACUCUGACCGUCUGUUGAAAGCUAUGUGUAUGAAAAAGUGGGUUCUGCCUACGUGGUAGCAGGACCCCUGUUUCAGCCAGACAGCGUUCCAGACAAUGAUCCCCAUGUGCUAUCUCAGGGCUUUGAGAACCAAAUGGCCAUCCUGGAGGCUAGUUUCUUUGGCUUCUCACAAAAUGCAUCAUCUGGUCACCAGAGCCAAAAGACAAGUCUCGCUCACAGACUCUAGCCCACUUCACAUACUUCUGCUGUCCUAAGGUUUGGUAAAAACCCAUCUUGGGGAUUUAACAGGGACAAGCCCAUUCUCUCCUGUUUAGAUGUAUUUAAAAUUGGGAUCCCAAAUUUCACACAGGUUGUGAUUGGAUUUUCAUUGUAUAGCACACAAAGUUGAAGACUCUGCACAGCCCACAUCUUUGCUUUUGAGUACGAGCAAACAUCUGGGUUACAAGCCAUUUAAAAUAGUUAUUUGCCAGGGUGAAUUCCACACUGAAGCAAAGCCUGCACAAGUUGCCUAAAUCAGUAGUUUACAAUAACAGUGUACAAGACAGCUUAUCUGUCACUAUACCUGCAACAAUUCGGCUGUUGCAGCCAGUGCCCAGAGCCCCUGUGUCCUUGUCGCCAGCAAGUCUGAAUCCAUCAGCAGCCAAGGGCAGGGCUUUCUGAAAAGCACAGUACCAUCAGAUAGUUAUGUAUGCACUCAUUUUGUAGCACAUGCACACUUUACAAUUUGUCUAUAAGAAAACAGACACCCAGCAUUAACCAACAAGCUAUGAUCCACUUUACGAUAAAGUUGCCAGCAUUCAUGGCAGCUAUUUGUUUUGCAUUGGAAAGGACAAAAUGAUAUGUCUAUUGACUCUCACCAUUUUUUAAAAGACUAUAACUCUUAAAUGCUGUCACCACAGGCUGGAAUAUAAACACGGUGGCUGUGGUUCUCAUGUCGGGAAGGAGUUUUGAGUUGCCUUUGAGCCUUCUCCCUUACUUUCUCUGCUAACAAAACUUCCUAAUGUGUUAGAUUAAACCUAGGAAAAGAAAAGUUAAUGUUUACACCACCAUGAAAUUAAAACCCUGGUAAUAUUAAAGCUUAAAGUGCAUGGGGCCAAGUAUGGUAUUAUGCUUGUAAUCUCAGCACUAGGUCAAAUUUGAGGCCAGCCUGGGCUAUAGAAAUAUUCUGAGAUGAACAAGUACACAGGACAGAGGGAAUACCACUGAAAGUGUGGCAGAUGUGGUACCAGCAUUGAGGUUUGCUGUAACGAGGCCAGGACACAUAGUUUUUGACUGCUGGAAGAGUCAUUUGCCCUCACAGUUAAUAUUUGCCCACAUAGCUAAUAAUUCUGGGCCAAGCUGUGUUCAUACGUAUCAUUGAUUGGCACAUAUUCCUUUAGACAGUUAGCAUCUGAGUGUUAUGAGUUGUGAAAUACAAGUUAUUACAGCACACAUCCCAGUCAUAUUUAUGCAUUUUUUAAUUUUCUGUUGCUGCCGCAAGGAUGGUAUCCGGGGCCUUACUCAUAUAUGGCAAAUGCUCUUUACCACUGAGCUGUAGUCUCAGCUCUUGUUAACUCAGUCUUGACUACCGGACACACUCAUAAUAACUGUUCUGUCCCAUGUUUAUCUGCAUAGAUCAGGUAAAUCCUAAUGCACCCCAAAUUCCUCCUUCACUAAAACUCAAUUUUUGUGGACAAGUGUUGAACCAACCCUUCACCCCUGUGAAAAGCAAAAGCAGCAUCAGUCACUGUGGGUGCUUCAGAAGCACUAUGAGAAUCUCAUUUGGAUCUACAUUGUACAUUACUAGAAUAUUGUGUACCCAUAUGCAUGUGUACCUGCACAGUGACGAUCAAAUCUUGGCCUUUCUCCUGCUAAGCAAGUGCUUUGCCGCUGGGCUACAUACAUUCCAAUUCCAGUCCGUUGUUUGUUCUUCAGGGUUACAAAUAAUUUAUCAAGAUUUACAAGUUAAGCCAAUUAUUCUAGAAAAAGGAUCCUUUCACUUUUAUUGGGCAGAGAUCUUAAGAGACUGGGGUAGAAACAUAUCAAUGUCCAUUUCCUCUUUAUCCAGUAGGUACGAGCUAUUCACAGCUUCUGAUGGGACCAGAUAGGGAACUGCUGAAAGGAGCAGGCUCAAGUCAGAGUUCUCAGCAAAGACUAACUAAUAAGAUGAAGUGAGAACAAUUUUUAAAUGGGACUGUGAAGACAGACUGUGGAAUUCACUGGGUCUACUGGGUAACUCUCCUAUACAGUGCCGGACUGGGCAGUUGUCAUGAGUUCGGAUUUGAGAUCAUACAGAGAGGAUCACACAUUAACUUACUCAUAGUUCCUGGUGGAGACAUGAAAAACCCUCUCCUCAAAGAACAAAGUACCUGUCACCUGCUGCGGCCAUCUCUAUCUCAAACUAUUGGACUCCUAUACCUUUGCCUCAUCCUUGCCCUAGGUAGGUACUAUGUUCAGUAUGGACUCAUGCAAUCCAGGCUUGUGAUCCUUGGAUCCAAAUGUAGGGUCUUGGCAGCUCCUAUAGGCAUACACAUCUGCCUUCUUCAAACCUUGAUUUGUCCCUGCUCCAUUUUUUUUUUAUGUAGAUACCUUCCUUCCCAGUGGCUUCUUUUCCCCUAAGCCUCAUCUGGUUAACCCCUCAAAUCCUGAUUUUUUUUUUAUACUCUGAAUAGACCUUAUGUCUCCAAACAUUAACUUAGAACUAGAGUUUAGAUGCCCACUUUAUUCAGCUUAUAUGAGCCUCAAAAUUCCUCCCUUUCUACCAACCCUUGUUCAUAUAAUUGUUACCCAUGAUUCUGACACCCACUAGUCACUUCCCAGUCAUGGUGUUUCUUCAAGACCCUAACUAAAGCAUGAAAGGGUGCAUACAAUCAGUGCCUUCCUAGGGCUGCUGUGUCCGUGUAACUGAGCAUCCUUCAUGUACUUCCCUAGAAAUAAACUCACUGGCCCCAUCCAUGCUUCAAGUGAUGGGCCUAUGAAAGGCUUUGCCCAGCUGUAGGUACAUCCUAGGCAGGAUGGUUUGGUAGCUGUCAGAUGGCUUUCCUGACUCAGUGUGCUGGUAGCAUCAGGAGGCUACCUGUACUGCUGAGAACAUUUUUAGGUGGCAUGUGGCCUCAGUGGCAUUUUCUUCAGGUGAAGUCUUACUAUAAAUGGAAUGGAAUCUGGUUGGGCUAUGAAGGCUGUGUUGUGUGGUGGCAGGAGUGUUUAUCUCACUUAUUGCUAUGUUUCCAGAGCUCAGAAGAGUCAACCCUCCUCAUAGCUGCCCUUAAGUAACUCUUACACUUGCACUUUUACCAAGGUUAGCACUCACUGAAGGGCCCCCACUUAUGAGUCUUUUACAGACAACCAAUUUUUUAACAAAGAAAUGGAAGGAGAGAGUUGUUUUUGUUGUUGUUGUUGUUGUUGUUUUAAUAAUAUAUGAAGGUAAGCCCAAAAUUAUUCUUGGAGACUUUGUCUUACAAGGUGAACUCUGACCUCAUCGGUGCUGUCAUACCUUUAUUAACUGCUCCAUUUAGUAAGAGUACUCAAAAAAUUACCCCAAGUAGUUAAAACCUAAAAGGGUCUUUACCAUGUGAGACUGAGUUAGAAGAAUAAAGGUAUCGAGAAGUUAAAAGUGCCUUCACAUCUAAGGGUGUAGUUGUAGGCAGAGUGCUUGUCCAUGUGUAGGAAGCUCUGGGUCCAACCUCCAGCACAGCACAAAAUGGGCAUGACUGUUUACACCUCUGAUCCCAGCACUUGGAAGUUGGAGGAUCAGAAAUGGGAGUUUGA